AUGUCGUCGGUUGCUGGUCCAAGUUGGGAGGCUGAUAUUAUCACCGUGCCCACUCCAAUCUGGCAUUUUUCUUGGGAAGACGUUCAGGGGAAGACUGCUUCUCGUCGGGAUGGAAUAAAAUAUGAACAAGAGUUGCAAUUCCGUCAACGAGCAGCGCGUUUUAUUCAACGUCUUGCAGAACGGCUGAAUUGUGGAAUGAAAGACUCGCGGAAUAAAAUCUCACAACUCUGCAUUUGUGCUGCAACUGUUCACAUGCAUCGCUUCUUUUAUUUUCAUUCUUUCAAGAGGUUUAAUUAUAAGGAUGUUUGUGCCGCUUGUUUGUUUAUGUGUGGGAAGUCGGAAGAAUGUCCAAGGAAACUGGAUCAUGUUGUUCGUCAUUGGUGGGCGCUGAAGUUCGAGAGUUUUCCACAAAUACCUGACAAGAACUACAGUGAUGCUGCGCAACUGAUCGUUACUUUAGAAAGUAUCAUUCUGCAAACGAUUGCUUUUGACUUGAAAGUUGAUCUCCCUCAUGCAAUUGUUUUGCAACAAAUGCAACAAAUCAGUCGAGGACACAAGAAGCUUACCGAAGUUGCGUACUUCUUUGCGACUGAUGUACUAUGUGUGACUGACUGGCCUAUCCGAUAUACUGCUUCCGAGAUUGCCGCUAUAUGCAUUUACGCCGUGUGCAGUUGGGCUGAUCAUCAGAUUCAAUCAGACAAUCAGAAGCAUCCGUGGUAUAGAUUUUCUCCGGAACUGAAUGAGGACAAAUUGCAAACUGCGACAAAUGAAUUCAUUAGCAUCUAUCGCGUGUACACUGCGGCAAAAGAAGGACAGGGAUUUGUUAAGCUGACCAAAUUUGUUCAAAGGGGAACUAUUGUCCCGCGGCCAAUCGAUUUGAAACCGCCAAUGCUUGAGAGUGAGUCUUUGCUGCCUCCACCGCCUCUACCUCCGGCAAUUGCCGUGAAGAAAGAAACACCAGACAACAAGCAUACAUCAUCCUCUUCGGGCGGUCCUUCGAAUCGUAAUCAGCAAGAUGUGUCUACACAGCUAGCGCCAAGUGUUGGAAGGGUCAAUUUUAUGCCUGACCUCAACAAUCUCAGCAAAGUUAGCGGAGGUGAAUUGAAGCCGUUUCAACAAAAUAGUGGUGCAAGUACUGGCGGCUACCUUGAUCAGCCAAAGCAAGAGCAAGAGGCUCUUUCACAAGAAACAAGCGCAAAUACAGACCCAACAACACAUAAGACACUUGUGCACAAAGAGGAAGUCAAGGAACACAAAAAGCACAAAGAGCAUAAAAAACACAAGAAGGAUCACCGCGAGCGCUCUCGCGAUGAUGAGAAAAAUGAGAAAUCUCAUCGACAGCAUCGUCGGGACGAGGAAAACCGGGAGCAUCGCAAACGUCCUUAUGACCCUCCAAGUGUUACGGGUAACGAUGGCUGGAGCGGAAACCAUCCUAAUCCUCCAGUUGAAAAGCGACGGCCUCCAUCUCAAUCUCCAUCAAACGAGUAUCGGUCUGGUUCAUACAAUAAGGAGCGCCUUGUUCAUGAAAGGUAUGCUUGCAAGCGAGAGAAAUGCACGUGUCGCAAGAGUUCGCGCUACAGGAAACCAUCGCCAAGACGCUUGCAUAAAGCACGUGCUCAACACGAGGAUACUUCAGCUUCUAGUUGCCUUGAAGAAGAUGAACAGCAACAAAAGCGACGGCCUCUAUCAAACGAAGAUAGGUCUGGUUCAUACAAUAAGGCCUGUUCUGCUGCAAGUGGACCUUUUUUUGCAUCAACUGAUCUGGAAGAUGGGGAAGUUCUC